CCUCCUCCCUCCACCAUGUCCGGCGCGGCGGUGUCGGAACAGCCCGUCGCACGGAUCGGCCGCUCGUCCUGGAAGUGACACCUCCAUCCCCCCCACCCCGGCCUCUGUGGCGGCUUCCCGGCCGCCCACCGACGCGCUGCUCCCGGGAUCUAUGGACGCUGCGGCGGCGGAUGCUCCGGACGCGCUCUGAUCGCUGCUCGAUUCGGGCUCCAGAAUAACAAAAAAAAAAAGAAAAAGAAAAAAACGACCUCGCUCCCCCGAUCUGCCCUGAGGGGUCGGGAAAGGGGGGAAAGAUGGGGAGCACGACCUCUUGCUGCGUCUCCGCGAGCCCCAAGCUGCGCAGAAAUGCGCACUCCAGGCUGGAGUCGUACCAGCAGGAGUCGGAUCUGAGCAGGGAGGAGACGGGAUGCAACCUCCAGCACAUCAGCGACCGGGAAAACGUCGACGAGCUGAAUAUGGACUUCAAUCCGUCGGACCACCCGCGGGCCAGCACCAUUUUCCUCAGCAAAUCACAGAAUGACGAGGUGCCUUACAGGAAUGUGCGUGAGAAACGAAAGAGCCUCUUCAUCAACAAUCAUGGGGCGUCCAGGCGGAAGUACAGCUCCUGCUCCACCAUCUUCCUAGAUGACAACACCGUCAGCCAGCCCAACCUCAAAUACACCAUCAAAUGUGUCGCUCUGGCCAUUUACUACCACAUCAAGAACAGAGACAUAGAUGGAGGAAUGUUACUGGACAUCUUUGAUGAGAAGCUUCACCCUCUUUCAAAGUCAGAGGUUCCCCCGGACUACGACCAGCAUGAACCGGAACAGAAGCAGAUCUACCGUUUUGUCAGGACUUUGUUCAGUGCUGCGCAGCUCACGUCCGAGUGUGCCAUCGUCACGCUGGUUUACCUGGAGAGGCUCUUGACGUAUGCAGAGAUUGACAUCUGUCCGGGGAACUGGAAGAGAAUCGUUCUGGGAGCGAUUCUGCUGGCCUCCAAGGUCUGGGACGACCAGGCGGUCUGGAACGUCGACUACUGCCAGAUUCUCAAAGACAUCACCGUGGAGGACAUGAACGAGUUGGAGCGGCAGUUUCUGGAGCUGCUACAAUUCAACAUCAACGUGCCGUCGAGCGUCUACGCCAAGUAUUACUUUGACCUGCGAUCGCUCUCAGAGUCCAAUAACCUCAGCUUCCCCCUGGAGCCGCUCAGCCGGGACAAGGCCCAGAAACUAGAGGCUAUUUCCAGGUUAUGUGACGACAAGUACAAAGACGUGCGGAAAGCCGCAAGGAAGCGUUCAGCCAGCACGGACAAUCUGUGCGGGAUCCGGUGGGUUCCUGCGAUUCUCUCCUAACCACGGGCCUCGUGGGGCGACCCGGGGGCGGGGAUGAGGACGGGGACGGGACAGGACCAAGACGUGCUGAGUCUGGGAGGAAAUCAGCACAGAUGAUGGAGCACAUGAACCUUCAGACUGGAUAAACUGCAACGAGAACAUAAUCUCCGGAUUGGUCUCAACUUGAUGCCUUCGCAGUGCCUCAGCAUCACACGAGAGGAAACACUUCCUGGAUGUUCUGUCUCUUUCGUUGUGACCACGGCUCGUCGCGUAGCACUGGACUUUCCACUGAAUAUUUAUUUCCUUCGGUAGAAUUUAGACGAUUAAAAAGUGUUAGCAAGUUUUUCUUCUUUGGGAAUCUCCAAGGUUUACAGGAUCUCUAGCGUACCUCUUAAUGCUCAGGUUUGUUCAUUUACUGUGAUGCUCCUCGUUUAACGUGAGGACUGAAACAUUCGCUUGGAAGUGACAAACGCCACUGAUGGAAAAAGCACCAGAUGAUAUUAAAAAUAUGACAAUUAGACUCACAUGAGAGAAAUAAAUGAUUCUAUGAUGUUGUGAUUUUCAACAUGUACAAUCAAAACAUGUUUAUUCCCUAAAGUGUACAGCUGGGGUGCUAAAACAAUGGAUCUGGCCAUGAAUCCGCUUGUGAAGUGGAAAAAUGAGCUGUGAUUUUUGAGUAAAAAUAGCUGUUCUUUUUUUUAAUUUGACAACAAGGAUUUGCACCGAGUGUACGCUGUACAUUAUUACAUGGCCUACGUUUUAGCAAUGUCAUGAAGAAACUUCAUUAAAAGUGAACGGUUUUAAAGUUUAAUUGUAUUGUUAGGACUAAAACUGAUGAAAAUAAUCUGAAUUGUUGAAAUUUGUCUCAGUGGAGAUGAACUAAAAGGAGUUCGGCACCCCGGCUGUACAAGAUAAAAUGUAUUAAUCACUUUAGUAUUAAUCAGCUUGACUAUGUCAAGUGUUUACUUAACAUAACUUUUAUAAAUGAGUUUGUUUUUUUUUUUCUUAAAACUUUAUUGUAGAUUGAAGCACAUCUCUGUUGACAUGUAUUGGAAAUGUGACGCCGCUCAUCCACGUGUAUGUGCAGUUUAAUGGAAUUUAACUUUUCACUAAAACAUGCAUUUUUAUAGCUGUUUUAUGGCUGCAGGGGGGGCUGGAAUCAAUCCCACAGAUAACAAAACACAAGACUUUUAUACCCUUCUUACAUUCUUUGACUAAAGUUGGGGAUACGCUGUGCGAUUUGGGCCAUCCCAGACAAAACGAGCGCUUUAGGCAACGCCUUUCGGUUGUUGUCUGGAACCUGGUGUCUCGUAUAGGUAAAAUGUUGGACAGUCCACUUGUUCCCCAGAGUUCCACACCAACUUUUCACACUUUACCGCCCCGUUUACACGACAACGUUUUCCAGUGAAAACAGGAAACUUUGGUUGCGUUUCCGGGAUCCGUUUACACAACAACCGUGCUGAGAGCCGCUGAAAACGACGCUCCGACUCGAUCUCUGUAUUUUCAGGGGAAACAAAAACUUUUCUGAAACGCUGCUGCUUGGCCCCCGGCCUCAAUAAAUACUUCAUCUGGACAUGCAUAGAUGGACAAUAGCAAUGGCCGCCUCCAGAGUGUCAUGAACCUCAGUCCAUGUUCUCCUGAGACUUGAUAGUUUCAUCGUUGAGAAUCACCGUUACAGCAAUUCAACUUCAUCGUCUGUCUACAUGAACGUCUGUGUUCUCCCACUGUUAACGUUUAUUUCAUACUGUCCUCUGCAUGCAUACGUGUGUGAUUUAAUCUAAA